AUGGAGGCUGGUGAUGUUGUGUCAGCGACCUUCCAACGUCUCCUUCACGGACGGAAAUUCACAUCUCCUGAUGCUUUGGAGGAUGCCAUUUCACACCUUACAGAGGUGAGAAUAAGACUCUUUUGCCUUGAAUAUGCAUAGGAGACGGAUUACCAAUUCAAGCCUGUCCAUUUGCAUAAGCUUCCCGCUGGCAGCCCUAAUACGGAGAAGUUUGUAUUCUACAGUCGGAAAUGCGUGUGCGUUUUGGCCUCAAUUCGACAGUAUGCAGGAAUUUUCGUUGAGACUGAUGUCACUAUAUAACCGUACCAGCUGUGCUGCAUUCUUCUACAUACAGUACCGCAGGGAGGACUGCCUCGCGGUUACGUCGUCCCAUGCGAUCCAUGGACAGUAGCCUGCGCCUGCGGCACCACGGCCCUCUAAGCAAAGAAGUCCAGGCUCCCGGCUGACGGACAUUCGGGCAUUGCGUCCGGCCUCGCCGACAGGUAAGUAGACGCAAUUUUGUCAUGACCAUGUCCCACAACAAAGGACCAGACGUGCAGGCUAUGCGCCGUAUUUAAAGACAUUUUCCAAAGUGGAACAUACGAGAGUUACGACGACCUAAUGUCUGUUUUUAGAGAAUACGAGAAGGUAAGCCUCGAUAACAAACCUAUUCCUUUGCAGGACUCCUAUAUCAGCUUCAGUAAACGCAAGAGUGAGAAACUCCCGCCCGAUCAUCCUCUAGUUGACACGUUGAAGUUUCGCUAUAUAUAAUUCAUAUGUUGCCAUUCUGGAGUUUUUCGUAGCUGCGGCUCCCGGACAUAGUCGACGUAAGCAGCUGAUGCUGAAUUUCAAACAGUUUAGGUCGCUGAAGUUUGGUCGCAUCGUACGCUUUCCUGUCAUGGUAAGUGAAGGCAAACUGCGAGUGAAGGCGCCUAAUCUGCGUCAAAACCAUCUAUGCAGUAAACAAAUGGCCUCAACUUACCCCAAGUUCCGGCGGUUAGCGGCGCAGGACAAAAAAAAUCUGCUACGGUUGACGCAGCAGAUGCCACCCUCACCGGAGCGGCUAAAGGUUUACCUGAAAAGUAGCAUUCCUUUUUUUCUAAACACAGCCGUAGGUUGCUAUGGUCUGGAUUAGAAGAUGAAGAACCUAAUCAACAUGCGCCGCCGUGUGUUUUGGUGUGAUCCGUCGGCGAAGGUUAUGAAGAACGCCCUGUACUCAAUGAGGGGUGGCUACUACCCUGAUUUCUUUUAUGAUGAUGGUGGAAAAUUUUGUGCCGCCUGUUUUACGACGCCGGCUCUGCGGACUAUGUAUCCGGAUGUGGUUCAAAUGGACGCCGCAUACCGGACCAAUAGGCAGGGUUGUGCAUUGUACCACACUGUGGUAAUUGACAAGCACGGGCAUGCUCAGUCUGUGUUCUAUGCGUUUGUAACCCGCGACGACGCCACUAGUGUGAGCUGGGUGGUUAGUAAAUUUAAGGAGCAGAUGAGGUCUGCUACUGACAACUUACGCACGGUGUUCAUAGAUAAAGAUGCUCGAAAAUUGAAAGUCUGGAAGGAUGUUUUUUUCCAGGAAAUAAAGUUUUAAUUUUUAUCUGCACAUCUCACAAGCUGCAGGCUUUUAAGAGAAAACUUAAGAGUGACUAUAGAAGCGAUAGGUCAGACCAGGCCUUUGACCAGUUCCGAAGGGCUGUGAACGCCAGGUCUUUCAAUUUCUUUAAAAUGCAAGUUUCUAGCUUGAGGGAAAUCUUCCCUGAGCUAUGGCCGUAAUUUGUGGCUAACUGGUGGCCGUGUAGACUCCAGUGGGCCAAUUACGCUCGGCGUAGUCUUGUGACGUACGGCGACAACAUAAAAAAUAAGAUUGAAAGUUCCGCAAAUAUUCCCAUGUUACACUUGAAAAGUCAAGUUGGCUAACACGUGUUUUCAGUAAUUAUUUGUCAGGCCAAUACAAUUAAAUGAAGGAGUGAAAGUGUACAAAAUUAACAGUAUUUAUAGGUGUCUCAAGGUCAAUUAUGUCAUUAAUACUCAUCUUUCCCACUAUCUUUCCCUAUCUUUCCCUAUCAAAAUGGUUAGUGGAUAGACUGAAGCCACUGCAAGGUCAUCUGUAUCCUCGAAGUCUGAAAGACUCCUUUGAGUUCGUUGAAGCUAUCAAAAAUAUGAACGUUGGCGGACGGAGGAUGUUAUCACUGGAUGUAUGAUCGCUGUUUACCAACGUACCUGUGUCAGAAACGAUAAAUUAUCUUUGUGAUGUUAUUCGUGACACGAACUACCCCAUAGGCAUGCCAGUAAAAACGCUGAAAGAACUACUGACGCGCUGCACACAAAAUGUCCAGUUUCUGUGCAAUGGUCAAAUAUACAGACAGAUAGAUGGCGUGGCAAUGGGAUCACCUCUUGGACCGUUCCUUGCAAAUGUUUUUAUGGGCAAAGUUGAGAAGACAAGAUUACAAGAUGUCAUUAAUUACCUCGUAUUCUACGGUCAGUACGUGGACGAUAUCUUCUGUCCGGCGGAUGGUACCACCGAUAUCGAGGACCUUGUCCAAAAGUUCAACAGUGCGCACCCCUCGCUAAAGUUCACUGCAGAGACCGAGGCAGAUAACGAAAUUGCGUUUCUCGAUGUCCUUCUACACAGGCAGGAGGAUGGGUCUAUCCAGCGCAGGGUGUUCCGAAAGAAAACCUGAACGGGACAUACAUUAAUUUCCACAGUUUUGUUCCCCUCAACAUCAAACGAAAUCUAGUCCAGGGAUUGGCAUCUAGAGUGAGGCGCAUCUGCUCACCUGAAGCUAUUGAAGCAGAGCUCUAACAUCUGCAGAACACACUUCGCGAGAACGGAUAUCCAGAUAGAUUUAUCCUCCGAAAUAUUGGGAACGCAUUGCAAAGCCCACUGUUGCGACUACAGAAAAGAAAGAUGUAUCCCUAAGACUGCCUUUUGCAGGGGACGCAGCGAGCGAAAUAGUCAGACGGCGCUUAACUACAGCUGUCACGAGAGCAUUCCCCGCGGCGAAUUUACGCGUAUUUUUCACAAACUCUCCCCUCCUACGUUUGGGAGGUAAAGACAGACUACCGUUGGAGGCCACAUCAAUGUGCAUCUACUCAUUCACUUGCUCCUGUGGAGCAGGAUACAUCGGCCGUACAACGAGACGCCUGGUAAAGAGGGUACGUGAACAUAUGCCCGCCUGGCUAGGCAGAGGUGAGACCCGAUCGGUUUCCAGUUCUAUUCUCGCAUAUUUAAUCGAUACGGAUCACCGAGUCGAUGCCAAGGAAGCAUUUCAGGUUGUCUAUCGGACACCAACAAGCUUCUAUAAAGGCCAACGCCAACGGAUACUAGCAACGGCCGAGGCACUGGCUAUACGGCUGGCGAAUCCGGUGCUAUGCUGUCAGAAAACCCUGACACAAGCUCUCUCUCUGCCGUGGCUAACGCCAACCUCACGUGAUGGCGACAUGCCGCCUCAAAUCCCUGAUUACAGUGAUGGGUACUCCGUGUACUCAAUCCAAGAGCAUCACUCAAAAACUCGCUUACCCCCCUCCCCCAGCCCUAAGGACCAAAACCCGCCGACCUCGUCAUGCGGGCGGCGUGGGAAAGAUGAGUGUUAUGACAUAAUUGACCUUGAGACACCUAUAAACACUGUUAAUUUUGUACACUUUCACUCCUUCAUGUAAUUGCAUUGGCCUAACGAAGAAUUACUGAAAACACGUGUUAGCCAACUUGACUUUUCAAGAUUGAAAGUGUCAAUCGGGUGUCGAAGCAGUUGUGUGAACCAUAUCUGUCUCUCACCGACUGCGCUCACAGCAUAGUGCAGUUUCUAGAGUCAAAAUCGAAUGACACUAAUCGGUUGGACGCCCACGAGUAUUGCCGCCGCAGGCACUACAAGGGCCUAAAGCCACACGUCCGUCGAAUAUGUCAAAUGCUGGCUGGGCACGCCUCAGAUGUCUUAUUAUCCCACCUCUCUGAAAAAGCCGAUGUCCGGAUUUGUAGUAAUGCAGUGAACACGUGUAGCUGUCACUUUCACCGUAACUGACAUCUGCCGUGUGCUCAUAUUGUCAACUAUUUGGAACAGCAUAGGGUCGACCCCUGCCAGGCUCCGUCGAAAAAUAGGUGGGUAUUUCAUGCGGAAGUAUGUGAGGAGGUCAUCGCUGACGAAAUUGUUGACCCGGGGUCCGUUACGUCCUUCCCGGCAGACAUUGUCGUCAGCAAAGUACGAAGGCCAUUAACCGAAGCAUACAAGUACAACGUAGCUAUGAGCUACGUGCAGCCUAUCGUGGAGAAAUUAAAGAGUUGCGGGAGUCAACGCUCCGAGUUAUUGCGGGAAGUUGAUGCGUUUGCCGCCCGGAUCAUUAAUGCUCCUUCUGGUUUUCUACAAAAGUCGCUUGCCGACUCCCCUUCACAGCCGAACGGGGAUAAAAUGGAAGUUGACACGAGUGACGAAGUUGUCCGGUGUCAGUUAAGGGAGGAGGGUAAUGUGUUUUUCGCGCAGUGGGGUCCUGACCAAGACCCAUCUGCACGUAUUGUGCACAGUGACACUUAGCUUCCUAACUACCGCACUCGGCCGACCGUGCACGCGACGCCCCCGGACGACUCGCAAACCUUUGAGAAGUUGUGCGAUGAACCUAACUGUCUCCACGCACAGUGCCAGAAGCAGUCUUACGCGCAGGGACUCUAGGAUGCCCAGUCGGCACUUGGAAGAGACGUUCGUGGACACGGACGACAUCCCGUUCGUAGAUGCGUGUGGUGCCUGCGACGGUAAUACUGACGUUAGUAGGGAAACUAUUUUCAAAUGUGUAUAAUGUCGACGCGAGUUCCAUGAGUUUUGUAUUAACAACCCGCAGAUCUGUGAUAGGUGGUUAUGCGUCUUUUUGCACCAUCUUGCUUUAGCUUAGGAUUAUAUCUAGCUACGGCUGUGACGUCUGACGAGGCUGUGAUAGUAUUUUAGUUUUUGAUUUUAUUUUAUUUCGUAUCUCAGUAACAGAAGUCAGUAGUGCCAAUUGUCUCGGUGUUGUGCAGAUAGAACCUCCAUGCACAUACUGAAGGACAGCCUGUCUGCCUACUCGGUUAAGAUUUUGUUCUCUGCUUGCGUUUCUAGCGUUAGUUUUUCGUUUUUAUUCAUAUGUGGCGAUUCGCACUUGCUUUUUUGUUAUUUCUACCUUUACAUAGGGAUUGUAUAAAUGUCCUGUGUUGGUUUACUUUUUUGUUUUUUUGGUCGCGCUUUAUUCGCGGCCCGAUACCGCGCAGCCGCGAGUUGUAUUUCUAAUACAAGCCAUUCCCGUUGGCAUUUCACGAGCAUUCAUCUGUAACGUUCCCGUCUAACGCGAGUAUAGUAGCCAACGAGGCCCAACAGGAAAAGACGGACUAGUCGCUAUUUUACUGACAGACCUGUAUACAAAAAGAAAAUAAGGGAAGAGUCCUAAUUACAAAAAUAAACUGAAUCUGUGGGGAUUGUCCACAGGGGCGACUUGGAGCACUGGGACCUAGCGAAGAAGGCGACAGGGGUUUCUCGUCCGGAGAGCGGCGACCGGCACGGGGUUGUCGGAGGUUAAUCCUCGCCCGUAUUUAUAGCUUCUUCAGAGCGGAAGUCGACGAGGUUGGGUCCGCCAUUGUUGAUUAAUUGAGGGUAGGUCGAGGGUGGAAAGUUAAAAAAACUUAUGCCAGGGCUGUCUUGCUUAAUUAUAGCAUUAUAAUAAUUUAUUAUAUGCAUACUUUUCGUGAGAGGCCAAAUUGUGACUAAGUGCUUGCCGUAUAAAUAUGGAAAAGUUCGGCGCUUUCUAGAACCUUCUCCAAGAUGGCGGCCGCAAGUGGCCGGGCCUUCUAGAACUUCCUACAUAUCAUCACGUGUCGUAUUUUCUGGGGCACCUUUGGCGGACUGGCCUUGGGUACGUUGCUGUAAUCGGUUACGAGGGGCGCCGUGUCAGCUAGUCCUAUCUCUUCCCACCGCCGUCGCCUUCCGCGGGCUGUGCCACCCAUGAAAGGCUUCGUCUUAAAUUUUCGGCGCUUUUUUCACUGCUAGCUGGAAAAAGACUGGAAGACAACAAUAGAUGUGAGGAUAGAGCGUGGUAAAGACGCAGCGGAAAUCUAUAUUAGACCCACCACAUUUUGUUGAGUGCAUAUACAGAAGAUUUAUUUAACAUAAUCAUUUUCUUGUAAACUACUUCUUAAUUGUAAUUCGCAUUUAGAUCAAAGGAAUCCCUUGGGUUCGAAAAUCCUGAGGAAGUAAAAAAUUUUUAUGUGGCAAAACGUCUAGGCUCGUGUAUAUUUUACCACUGGAAAGUACAACAAUAUCCAUGCGCUUUCCACAAUUCUGUAAACAAAAGCUGUUCUCUCUUAGAACAUCCAAACCCCCUUAUAUCGACACUACUAUUGGAUAUAACGACCGAAAUCAGGCUUAUGUGCUGGAGUAUGAGCAGUACUACAGUCAUGGCUGCUCUGCAGCGCAGGAGUGCUAACGCUAUCGACAUUCAACUCGAAAUUGCGCAAGAACAUUACACCAGAAUGCAAAAAAACCUAACUGACCGUUUCAUUCUCUAACACUCCGCUUUUUGACUUUGAAUAGGGUCCUCCUGGAAGUUAACGACAAAUUCUAAUGUUUUGCUUGUUCAGGCGGCAACCAUCCCUUAUACUUUUACAACUCCUUUUUAAUUGGCCAUUAAAUACAUUAUUAGUACUCCUCCCCUGCAGCGAUGAUCUUCGCGGGUUUUUAUGUCAUCUCUCCAUUUGUACUCCAAACAGUCUCUUAAGGAAUGAGGUGUAAUCCUCUGUUUACGCCAUCUGUUAGUCGUUUUGUAGGUCAGCAAGGAGGUCUCAGAGUCGUACCUUCCCCCUACGCCUUGGAAUUCGCCUCUGUCUUUAAUGUCUCCCCCUCUCAACUGGACUCUAAGCGGACUGUGACCCGUUGCGUCUGACUUCCUCAUGUCUCGCCACUUUGACUCUGACAGCCUCAUCCGGUUUAGGGAUCCUUGUCGAUGUCUGCUUCGAAUCCCUUAUACAUUACCUCAUGCAGACCAGCCCUGUCUGACCCAAAAGUUUAUCCUGUCGUGAGCGACAGUCCUUUUGUUCUUAAAAGCUAGAAAAUUCAUAUUUAUUUUGUUUUUUUCGGAGGGAGUUUCUAAACUGCUCGCUGACCGUUUUUGUAAUAUGAUACUACUUAGUCUGUAAGCCCAAACUGCAUACUGUACGGAGUGCGCCUACUUGUUGUAAGGCUCAUUUGAAAAUUUAUUUUAAUUUCUGUGAAUUUAAUUUCAAUCGUACUCAAUGAACGAGUUUUUUAUUUACUCAGUUAUAAUUUUCUUUAUUUGGAUGCCAUCUUACUACUCACGCUGCUUAUUUUGACGUAUGCUUCUCAGCUGACAGCAAUGGUUGAUAAACUGCAGAAGGAUAUCUUCAAACAACUCCCAGCUAUCGUUCGUAUUGCCCAUAAACAUUCAACUCCAUUCGACACAGGAUAAUACUGCCUCAUCUGAUUGAAGACUCUCGCGAAAUAUUGCGUUUUAUUUGGUCUGGAGUAGACAGAAUGGGGAAUAGUGAAUGCUCCCACAUAAGCACAAUAUUGUAACUUCCGCCAAAGGGUGGCAUGGAGAUGACCUAAUCUAUGGCGUUUGAUGUUGUUGUCAAGAGUAGAUCCAGGUAGUUAGCUCUUUGCAUUUCAAAAGUUUUCGUUGGCCUCAUAACAUGUUGUGUAAGGGGUGCCUUCGAUGCUUUUUCAGCAAACAGUGAUAGAAUAUCGAUUUUGGACCUAAUGCUUGAACAGUGUUUCACAUAACUCCUUAUGCGUUGAUAUCCCCAUGGUCGUGAUGCUAGUUCGUGUGGAAAAUUUCUCCAACUUAUUCAAAAGAUGACUGUCGGCGUUUUGGCAUGCCCCAGGUGGUCAGUAAAUAGUAAGGUCGUCGAGAAAGGGCGAAGCAGUGGCCUUGACGGCCUGUUAAAUAGCUUCCGUGCUACAGGCAAACCUAGUAGCCUUUUCCGAUUCCACAAAGCUUUCUUUUACAUGCACAAACCUAACGAUAUUCUACUUCCCUCAAAAUAUUUGGAAGCCAGUAAAGGAUAUAUCAUUACCACUAAUAUUCCUAAAUGGCCAGGUUUCGGUUGCUUUUAAGGCAUGUGGAGGGAUUUCGACAAGGCAAAGUUGUGGUUCAUUAAUGUUUGAUAUGAGUCUUUGGGCAUGUGUAUACCAGCACUAUAAUCUUGUACUAGACGAAUGUCCGAUAAGGAUAUUGACAAACAUUUUCCGUCAGAUGCUGUUCUGGUUUCGGCAAUCAAGACAUUCAUUACGGUUGUUUAUGGUUCAUUAGUUUUUAGAUUGCUCUUCUUGCUGAAAUUUUCUGCUGACUGUUAAUUUAUCAUCUGUAAUCGCUGCUUCUUACCCCCGUCUGUACCACCCACUAGUUUAAAGCAUGUCCUCCAUAUAGUCUCCGUUGCUCUAAAUAUCCUUAUGCUUAUUGUGUGAUUGUCGAAGACGACUUAAAUAUUGGAUGAUUACCUGUGUUAACUCCUCUUCCCUAUCUUGAACCAAGACAAUUGACCUGAUUUGUUUUAACAGUCUAAUGGUAUUUAUUUUGCUUAAAGCAAAUUUAUGAAGUUGUGACUGGGUGGUAAGUCGUAUUAAUUUAAAUUUUGCACGAAUCCGCAUGCGUUAUUGUUUAAAAAUUAUCAUUUCAACUAAGAAACCAGAAUAUUCUACUUUUUUCUCAUGAUGUUGAUCCUUAACUUCUGUAUCGCAUCUUAAAGAACGCGCCUUUUUGAAUUUAAUUGUAAUGUACGCGUACGGCGGAAUCAGUGUUAAAAUUAUGGUAAAACAUUCCAAAAAACAACACGUACAUCAAUUUUAAUAAGAUAGGUGCACAUGACAAUGGUAAACCAAAAAUUUGGGGACACCGUCCUUUAGGGUUAAAUAUCUGCUAGCCGCUAUUAUUUCCGGGCUAGUAUGUGGUUAGUAAUUUAAUUGGCUGACAACGCUUAGCCCUCCCGAAAAAAUGUCCUCUACUACCACACUUCCAACCAGACGAUUCUUCCCAUUCAUUUUGCGCGUUCGUUCCGACGCUCACCUCCCUCUGCUAGCACCAGCCCCAGCUGGCCGCGCCUUGCCGUCGCGGAAAGAUGUGGCUAUGACGCAGCCAAACGUGGCCAUUUGGCGUGCCUAAGACGUAGCUUUUGACAACACAGCCAAGUUUGGCCACAUCAUCCGGAAAACAUGCGCGGCAGCGCCCCCCUUCUCCAUUCGUCCACCCACCCUUUUAUGGCCUCCGUUUUUUUGCUCGCGAGUGCACUAAUUCUAAACUGGCAGUAGUCGCAGUAAGAUUGCAUGCGUCACUGAAUCCUCCCAGUCUCGGCUUAAGCAAGUAAGCGAUAAAAAUCCCCGCGUAAGUGCACAAUCGGAGAACCUAGUUAGCGUUCACUCUAUCCCAUGACAUAGGAAAGUGGAAAGACAAUGGUUAUAAAGGAUGGUUUAUUGAGUAUUUGCAAAUGAUAGGGGUCGGUACGAAAAAUACAGGAAGGAUGCAGUUUUUCAAUGGACAUAACUGGGCUUCUGGACCAUUGUCACCGGUUAUUGGCGGUUCCUGCAAAUAAACGAACUGUUGUAAAACAUUGGUAAUGCUUUUGUCACUGGAGUACUUAAUAAUGUUAAUAUCAGUAGAAAUGAAAUUCCUAGAUGGCGUGUCACAAGAAGGCUUCCUUCAGUGCAGGCCAGACGCGGGUCUGGGUUUCCAAGUAGGGAAUUCGUCUGCCCGUCCCCAGACACUGGAAAGUCAUGCACACAGUUCUAUGUACAUGACCAUAAUUGACCUCCUGUGGAGCUACGCCGGAUUCGCAUUUAAAUGUGACUAGUUUGGCCCCCUCCCCUCGUUGACUAAGGAGAUAACUGGCGGCUCUAAUGGUCCACAUCAUCACUGCCUCGUGCGAAGAAAAUUCAUUAACCCAAAUUAGGGCAAGCUAAUUGGUGUAGUUGUUGAUUAAGCUGUCGGUGGAAAGACGCCUAGGCGUCCAUCAACCCACCCUAGCAUAUAAUCAUCGCCUCGGCCAACAAUCUCAGGGCUGAUGCAGAGAAGCCCGGAUGUUUUCCGUCAUAUUAAUUUGUUUGCCCAUAUUCGGGGCUUGCUAAUUCAGGCUCGAGGCGUUUGCAAUAGCGUCCUUGGGUCUUUGGGUACUUCUGGGUGGUAGGGUCGCAGCAUCCGAAACAACUUCUUGGUUGUGGAUAGUGGCAUUUGGGCCUCCAAGCAGAAUUCCCGUAAAUCCGCCAGAAAGCAUUUGCCUGCGACCGCGUCCUCGCUUAUGUCUACGGGUUCUAAACUUGCUAUCAAGUAACACAGUAAGAUGACUACCAGUGUAAACUUCCGGGACUAGUUCAGGCAUUUCUAAUGCCGGUGGCUGGUCUACCACCGAAGACGUAGAUGGAACGGAAGGAUCAUCCAUCCGCGCAUAAUAUGCCUUCUUUUCACGCGCAAUCCGUUUGUAAAUUGUGCUCCGGUGAAAACCAUAAUACUUGCGCUUCAUGACUGCUGUCAUUGAUUGGUAUAAAACAAAAUAAGAAAGUUUAACUGCACUUGAAACGCUCACUGUGAGAUUAAAAUUUCUAUACAGUUAAUAAACCUACUUGCGUAACAUGAAAUGGACUAGUACUGACGUAAGCAAGACCAUAAAGGCGCGAUGGGCAUGAAAUAAACGUUGGACAGCGUACCAGUUCGUCGCGAGCGUCACGUGGGUUAGCAGAUAAAUGGCCUCCAAGUGGCCCACUUAAACAAAAGUGUCAUAAACGUCUUAUCCGGGCAAAUCUUCAUCUCCCAAGAAGUGAAGAUUCAAGGCACUCUCCGGGUAAAUUAAUGCAUAUUUCAGUAAAUGCGGAGCAUUCCAACACAGAAGACUCCAUCUAAGCGGCAGGAACAGCUCUUGAAAUUUCUUAAAAUAUGGCGUGGCCAUGGCCACGUCCAGCCACGCUUGGCCACACCCACGAGGACGUUUUUAUAUCUCACCCACGGUGCCACCCUACAGCCGGAUUUGACAUGCAUAAUCGAUUUCGAAUAAGAACUUGGCACCCCCUGAUGCGAGUGGCUUAACAAGACACUUGACCUCAACUACGCACAGCCUACUCGAUGCAUUCCCACGAACACAAAAUCCACGGGAUAUGAUGUAUGCCGAAACUGACCCACAUAUGCAGUUGCUGAAAAGAUUCAGCCAAUUUGGAGACUAGUCUGCAACUAGGCAGCCGGGCUAGCCGGGUGACGUCAUUCCAAUGUUUGUGCUGGAAGUAAUCGACUUAUCAGUGUCAACAGAUUAUUUCAUGCGCACCACUUUGACCGGCAGUUGGUGUCUGACGCUAUUGUGUACCUUAUGAGAUAUGAACGCAGGCGGAAUCGCUCGGACCCAACUAAGGUGGCGGAGUUGAAUCAAAUAUAGGCCUAGGGGCCCGGUCACCUGUCUUUUAAAUGCGGAACGGCAGAUAUUAAUUAGAAGGUUGCUUUGAAGGAGAGCAUAUUUUGAAGCUAACAAGAAACCUCGCCCUUUGCGAAUGUUUUUUUAAACGUAGUUUUUAGUGAUGUUCACCAUAAUUCUCGCGCCCAGCUCUGAAGCGAAAAUUAGCAUUUACGAGCUACAAGUCGUCACCCGUCAGCUCAUGCACGUACAAUCUCGUAAUACAACCUCUAGUCCUAACCCCAUUUGACGCAUUUAGAUAGUCGACACAUCUCUGAUGCCGCGUUUGGGUGCUCAGCUGCUGCGAACUGCCUAGAGUCGGUCGUUUUUAAAUUUAGAUUGACGUCCCAGCGCCCACAUUGCGUUUCCUAACCGUAAAGAUUCUGACAAAAAGAUAAUAAGUUACUGAAGAGCCCUUCACCCCGAGAAGUCCUAGACUCGUACCGUUGGCUGACUGUUGAUUAAUCGACCGGGUAAACGUUAUCUCGAUGCCCACAUGAAAUUAUCUUUAUUCUCCACUGUCAAUUGUUGUGAACCUGCUGUACGACUCACUGAUCGAUCGUCCGAAAAAUUUAUUCGGCCGAGUACGUAAAUCAGAACUAAACGGCAAGGACGAAGUAAAUUGUCUAUUGACUUAUUCGGAGAGUCGAACUAUACUUCGACCGGUCAGCAAAUGUCAUGGAGAGGCUGGUAUAUCGGCUGAAUAUCUAAAUCAUCAGCCCGUUGGAAUUUGACGCGACAUCGGCGACAACUUUUGGGCUUCGUCCUGGCAAAGUGAUUCCGAAAAUAAUCUGGGCUCCUCUGAUCAAGUAGGAACAACCGCAAUCUCAAUUAUUAUAAUGAGUGAUCUACUGAGGGAACAACAACAAGCAUUCAGAACCCCGUUGUUCACUAUGAAGAUCUAUAGCCUCACAAUGAAACAAUACUAUUCACCGUCUAGAAGCAAGUCAUAUGUCAAAUGAAGAACACGGCUUCACAUUAUGUGGAAACGCAAGUCAUCAAAGACAAGUUAACUGCGUCAAUGAUGUUGGAGCUCCUAGUUAAUUGAAUGAAGCCUCUGUAAAACUAAGAGUUAAGCUGCGUAGGUCAGAUUUCCGCAGCCGCUCAGGUUUACGAAUAAAACGCGUAAAAGCAGAAAUUCUGAGAGUUUUAUUUAGUGGUUUUUAGUAUGGAAAAGGUCAUAGGCAGCAUAAUUCGCCAUCUGUAGGACACCCUACACAAACCACUGUGCAUUCUCGCUUUCCUGGGAAUUGCUUAACUAUGCUUGAUGAGGCCACAAGUAAUUCUGGUUAACGACUUUGAACGUUUUCCAAAAUAAGUUCAAAUAAUGACACAUUUUUGGCCAACCUAGUUCAGCUGCGGUCACUUUUGUUCGUCCGAAUACCGUGUACGCCCAUCGGGGACCAUUAAGUGAGCAAAAGUUUACUUUUAAUAAAUCAUCCUGGGACCUAUACGGUUAUACGCUUGUGCUGUUGACUAAAACAUGCGUGUAAUAAGAGAAAUCGAGUAAUUGUCAUCUGUUCUGUCAAGCGGCUGUCAGCUUCAUUCUAGUGCAGGGGGAGGAAGAUUAACAGACUGCACUAAGUCCUUCAGCGCGCACAGAUUCCGUCAUCAAAGAAAGUCCACGCGUCCUUCCAUGGGAAUCUUCUCAAGUCUGAAAUUGCUAUCCCACCCUGUUUCGAGUUUGUUGCGGCAGGCGGUGAGAGUGUGAACAGUACACUAAUCAGGGCAAAUCCUAGCGUUGUAGGGAGAAGACGGGAGGCACCAGAAUGAGGGGUUUAUUGUGCACAGAACCCGGAGUUGUCCUCUCAGGCGGCAGCGGUCGCUGGCGAAGCCAGGGCUGGUGUUGACUGCGUCCAGUCAUGCCUGAGAGUCCCUGAGAUAGUGGUGGUAGCCGCUUUUUUAGGCUCGUGGGCCAAGCUCAAGUGGUGUCCAGUCCGUAUGUGUUGCAUUUGCCGAGCGGUGGUGUCCCAGUGGCUUAGGUCGUGUUUGCAGGGGGGGGGGGGGGGUGGCAGACGCCUUUGUAGGCUCGUGGGCCAAGCUCAAGUGGCGUCCAGUCAGUGUGGGUUGCGUUCAAGUGGCCCCAUGGGCAGCUGCGGCUGUGCGAACGCAGGUAUGCCCGAGCUGUCUGUCGUGAGGCUUCAACUUAGCGCGUCCAAAACGGUUCACUGCAAAAGGGUGGAUGACCUUGAGGCAGCGAGGUCAAGAACAAUGACGCCGGACCGGUCAUGGGGGCUGCUCGCUACAAGUUAACGACAGUGACAACCAGGCGUCUGCGGUAAUGUCAGUCAUCUGGACAGUUUUUGCCCACAAAACGGGCCACGCGGUAAAUGCACUGGACCAGCAUUCGGGCUAUAAUGGCCUCUGACAGGCGUUAUUGGAAUGCCCACCACGUGCGUUGGAUGAUGGUGUGAGGAUUGCUCGACCAUCUGACGCACCUGUGCGCUCCCCGCGUGGCCAAUUACUCCGCCUAGGCAAAGUCUCGGCACCGAGUUUGGAAGGGGAAGGCCAUUGCACUUGUUAAUGAACUCAAGCAGCUCCCGGCUCACGCGGUUGUCACCUCUUGCGAGAAUUUCGGCCUCAUCGAAUUUAAAUGUGUGGCCGGAACCCGUCGAAUGAGCCGCAACUUGAGAGCUGGCGUCAUUUCUCCGCACGGCUGCAGCUUGUUCGUCCAUUCGCGUUCGGAGCUGUCUUCUGGUCUCUCCGACGUAGUUGUUUUGUCCGCAAGUGCAUAAGAUCCGAUAAACGACUUCGGACGUUUCUCGCCGCGGCAGCGGGUCUUUUGGUCUCAUUACCUGACGCCUGAUGGCUGCCUCCGGUCUUUGUGCAACUCCAACCCCAAGUGGUGCGAGAAGGCGACCGACAGCUUUCGAACCGUUCUUGACAUAUGGAAACGCGUGUCAAAAUUUAGUGUCCGUGCGGUUAGGUCUUUCUUCCCUUUUGCGUAUGCACCGGUUGACAAAGUUGCGCGAGUAGCCCUUGGCUUUGAAGACCCGUCGGAGGUAUUGUGGCUCGGCAAUCUUGUCUUCCGGCUCACUUCAGUGCGUUUCGACAUUCCGAUAGAGCGUCCUUACACAGCUGCGUUCGUGCCUGAUUAGGUGGCUGCUAUUGAAGUUCAGUACUUGCAUCGUAUUUGUCGCUUUCCUGUACACUUUGGUCUUUAGUCCACCACAAUCCUUGCGGCAUACGAGGACAUCCAGGAAGGCUAGCUGGUUGUUCUCUUCCUCCUCCAUCGUAAAUUGUAUGUCCGGGAAGACCGCAUUCAGACGUUCCUUGAAUGUCAGCAGUUGAUCCCGAUCGAUAACGACGAAGGUAUCAUCCACAUACCGGGCCCAGAACGUCGGUUUGUGGUGUUGGAAGACCAGCGACUCUAACCGUUGCAGGACCGCCUCGGCGAUGAAUCCCGAAAUCGGCGAACCCAUUGGUGUGCCCUUCACCUGUUCGUAGAUUGUCCCGUCGAUCGUGAAGUACGUCCUAAGACAGAAUUCCAGGAGCUGAAGGACUUGGGCUCUAUAAUGGACUCCGACAGAAACGCCAAAAUUCGGGGUGCGGCGGCAGGCCUAGUGAAAUGUUGUUGGAGUGUGUAGAGGUACACCUAGUUGCAGGUUCGGCCGCGCCAGCCAUCUGUUUUCUCUUCCGCCUCCCAUCAUCUUGACAAUGUUUUGAUACCGAGCUCAGGCGGGGGAGGAGGAUAGAGUGCGGCAGAUGCUGUGCAAGUCACCAUGCCUGCUUCCAUCCAGCUGCGGAGCGCAUAUUCUAACAACAUUUUUUGCCCGAUGGAACAUCUUACAAUCAACCGGUUUCACCCUUACAAAGCUUGUUUGUUUGCGUUUCAGGCCUUCGUUCUCUCAGAGCCCAACUCAUGAUUUUCCGAUGACGGACCCACUGAGGCCUAUUAUGCUGGUGCUUUUGAUAUUCGCCCUGACGACUACUGCUCAAAAUGUGGGCUUCGGCCCAAACCUCAAGUGCUACCAGUGUGCAUCUAUCGUGCAACCUCACUGUGAUGAUCCAUUUGACAAUCGCACUGCCAUCCUUGAGCCCUGCCCUAACGACGGUCUAAACUACAGCCGGUGCCUGAAGAAGAUAAUAGAAGGUAUGUUUGUUUAUUUUUCUCCUCACUUUCGUGGAGUAUUCGCAAACAGAGAGAAACUUAAGUUUUAAACGUAAACUCGGGGCGUAUAAUGAUUGUCUGUGGAGACAUUUGAAGUCUCAAACCUGCGAACUAAUCCACCACUCUGUAAAGAUCUACACUUAAAUUCCGGUUUUAUACAUGUAACAUGAUUGGUGAGCAUCUAUCUGUCAUAAUAUGCAUAUAUGCAGACCGAAUAUUAUCACCGACAAAGACAGGGGAGACCGACAUGGCCAUUUCUGGCUUAUAAGCCGUCAUCAGCCAUUCAUAUCCAACCGGAAGUGUGGAACACCUGCGACUUGAUCCUGCAACCUAUUGGCUAGAAGUCCAACGCCACUAAUCACGGAACCAUGGACUCGUUCUGUCGGUUGCGAUCGAUAAUAUACAAUGGUAGAGGGGCGCUCAUUGAUCGUUUUUACGAAACUCACUCCUCCCAAUUGCAGUCGACAGGACAACGAGCCCGUGAUUCAGUAGUUAGAGGCAUUUGACUUCUAACCAAUAGGUUGCGGGAUCAAGUCCUAGGUGUUCCACACUUGGUGUUGGGUAUGAAUGACUGGCGACCGCUAAUGAUUCAGAAAUGGCAAUUCCAGUCCCCCUUGUCUUUGUCAGUAGUGAUAUUCUGCCUAUGUCAUGCACCGCUGUGCGGCUGCUGGUUGGGCUCGAGAGGGAGUCCAUAAGGCACAAUGGAACGAGUGAGUUCCGUAAGAACGAUCGGUAAGCGCCCCCUACCAUUAUAUACCUAUAUAUACCCUCUGAUGUUAUAGCUUGGCCGACUUCGGCCUGGUAGGUGGUUGCCUGUUUGUGACCCCUAUCACUCAUACGAAACUUGUUUGCUCCGGGAAGCCAGUGGAUCGGUGUGCGCCCAUUCCUGAGUGUAUAUAUAUAUAUAUAUUUAGGCAGAAUAGCAUUACCGACAAAGACAAGGGAGACUGGAAUGGCCAUUUCUGGCUUAUUAGCCGUCGUCAUGCGCCGCUGUGCGGCUGCUGGUUGGGCUCGAGAGAGAGCCCUUAAGGCACAACGGAACGAGUGAGUUCCGUAUGAACGAUCGGUGAGCGCCCCCUAACAUCAUUAUAUAUAUAUUUAUAUAACUGCUUGUCCGAGCAAACAGCAAUGCUCCUAUACCUACCAAACUGUUCACUGUGGUGAUUGCCUUUAUAUGCUUUGCAGUUGAGAUCGAUGGCCAGUGGGAGAGACGGAUUGAGAGAGCCUGUGCGGUGACCGGCACGAUUGGGCCGGAGGGCGGCCGCUGGGGUCAGACCAUUGCAGGAACCCUCAGGGUUCUAAUGCGCCUCAACUACUGCAACAAUAAGCAGGGCUGCAAUCCAGCCGCCCGUUCUAUCCCUCAUGCAUGUAUCAUCCUCCUCCCCAUCCUGCUCCCGGUGGCUCUUGAACGGAUCCUCACCCUCUGA